AUGAGGCUGGUGAACUACUUCUUUGCGGCAAGCUUGGCCAUGGCCGGCCUGGCCUCUGCCUUUCCCGGCAUGGACAAGACGCUGGCGGAGCUACAGAAGCGCCAGAGCGACUUAUCGAACUCCCUCAUCGGAGAUCUCGAAACUCUUGCCGACAAGGACCUUACGCCGACGGGAAGGGCUGUCAGAGACAUUCUCACCGGCAAAGCGGAAGGCUUCGACCUCUCCUCGCAGGCGAAGAAGGUUCCAUCCAAGACCUCGACCGAGUGUGCCAAAGACAAGUGCUGCAUCUGGAAGUACAUCGCCGACGAGAUGCGCGACGCCAUGGUAGGCACGGCCGGUCGCUGCAACAACUUCGCCCGCGCCGCCGUUCGCCUCGGCUUUCACGACGCCGGCACCUGGGCCAAGGGCAACGGGGCCAAGGGCGGUGCCGACGGGUCGAUCAUCCUCGCCGGCGAGUGCGAAUCGCGCAAGUCCAACAGCGGCCUGCACGAGAUAUGCGACCUCGUGCGCACCUGGCACGGCAAGUACAAGGACUACGGCGUCGGCAUGGCGGACCUCGUGCAGCUGAGCGCCAUCGUCGGCACCGUGGCGUGUCCGCUGGGACCGAGGGUGCGCUUCUUCGUCGGUCGCAAGGACAGCAGCGAUCCCGCGCCUGAGGGCCUUCUGCCGUCGCCCAAGGCUGACGCGGACAAGCUCAUCGAACUGUUCGCCAACAAGACCAUCAGCGCGGCGGGGCUGGUUGCCCUGCUGGGCUCGCACACCGUCAGCCAGCAACGCUUCUUCCAAACCGACCGCGCGCUCGACCCUCAGGACAGCACCCCCGGGGUUUGGGACAAUCUCUACUUCAAGGAGACCCUUAGCAGCAAAGCUCCGCCGAGGCUGGUCAAGUUUCCUAGCGACGUGAAUCUGGCAAACGACGCCCGCACGCGCCCCAUGUUUGAGGCGUACGGGAAUAGCCUGAAGGGGCAAAUUACUUGGAGUCAGGCAUAUGCCAGAGAGUAUGUUCGCCUCAGUCUUCUCGGGGUGUACAACAUCAAUGCAUUGACCGAGUGCACGCGCGUGCUCCCAAACUUCAUGGGCUCUUUUGAUAACGUCGACAAGGCUAAGAUGGACGAGUUUGCGGCUGGCGAGCUCGAUUCAGCGCGGGUGGCACUCAUGAAUGGAGAUGUCAUUCCUGACUUGUAG